AUGAACAACCAACAACAAACUCCAGUGACUGCAUACCCAGUGAAUCAGAGCAACCUCACAGCUCCACCACCACCAGUGGGUUAUCCCACCAAACAUGAUGAUCCUGCUCAACCAACAGUUCCAGUCAAAACCACUGCCAAGGGUGAUGGCUUUUGGAAAGGAUGUUGUGCUGGAUUGUGCUGUUGUUGUGCCCUGGAUUGUUGUCUCUGA